GCUGGACAAUGAGCCGGGCUGCUCAACGCUGCGGCCACUUAUAGGGGAACGUGGGCGGGCCGGCGGCUCCGCGGCUCCACCUGCGAGCGGAGGGCGGGAUGCCAGAGCCAGGUGUCCCGGCGCUCUAAGGCCCCGCACGGCCAGACGUCUCUGAGCUGGUUCUCGCCUUGACACUGGGCUACCUGCGGGUGUUGGCUGGGACGGCUUUCUGCGGGGAGCCCAAGGAGCAGCCUCGAUGGCCAGCACCAGGAGCAUUGAGCUGGAGCACUUUGAGGAACGGGACAAAAGGCCGCGGCCGGGGUCGCGGAGAGGGGCGCCCAGCUCUGGGGGCAGCAGCAGCUCGGGCCCCAAGGGGAACGGGCUCAUCCCCAGCCCGGCACACAGUGCCCACUGCAGCUUCUAUCGCACGCGGACCCUGCAGGCCCUGAGCUCGGAGAAGAAGGCCAAGAAGGCGCGCUUUUACCGGAAUGGGGACCGCUACUUCAAGGGCCUGGUGUUUGCCAUCUCCAGCGACCGCUUCCGGUCUUUCGAUGCGCUGCUCAUGGAGCUCACCCGCUCCCUGUCGGACAACGUGAACCUGCCCCAGGGUGUCCGCACCAUCUACACCAUCGACGGCAGCAAGAAGGUCACCAGCUUGGAGGAGCUGCUGGAAGGUGAGAGUUACGUGUGUGCGUCAAACGAACCAUUUCGUAAAGUUGAUUACACCAAAAACGUUAAUCCGAACUGGUCUGUGAACAUCAAGGGUGGGACAACCCGCACCUUGGCGGCUCCCUCCUCAGUGAAAAGUGAAGUGAAGGAAAGUAAAGAUUUCAUCAAACCCAAGUUAGUGACUGUGAUUCGAAGUGGUGUGAAGCCUAGAAAAGCCGUGCGGAUCCUUCUGAAUAAGAAGACUGCCCAUUCCUUUGAACAAGUCUUAACAGAUAUCACCGAAGCCAUUAAACUAGACUCAGGAGUGGUCAAGAGGCUCUGCACACUGGAUGGAAAGCAGGUUACUUGCCUGCAAGAUUUUUUUGGUGAUGAUGAUGUUUUUAUCGCAUGUGGACCUGAAAAAUUCCGUUACGCCCAAGACGACUUUGUCCUGGACCACAGCGAAUGUCGUGUCUUGAAGUCAUCUUAUUCUCGCUCCUCAGCUAAGUAUUCUGGAUCCAAAAGCCCUGGGCUCUCUCGACGCAGCAAAUCACCAGCCUCAGUAAAGAGGGGUGGCCACUACCCCAGUGCCUACUCUACAGCCAAAUCCCCAGUUAACGGAACUCCAAGCAGCCAGCUCUCCACUCCUAAAUCUACGAAAUCCUCCAGUUCCUCUCCAACUAGCCCAGGAAGUUUCAGAGGACUAAAGCAGAUUUCUGCGCAUGGCAGAUCUUCUUCCAACAUAAAUGGUGGACCUGAACUUGAUCGUUGCAUGAGUCCUGAAGGAGUGAAUGGAAACAGGUGCUCUGAAUCAUCGACUCUUCUUGAGAAAUAUAAAAUUGGAAAGGUUAUUGGUGACGGCAAUUUUGCAGUAGUCAAAGAGUGCGUGGACAGGUCCACUGGGAAGGAGUUUGCCCUGAAGAUCAUAGACAAAGCCAAGUGUUGCGGAAAGGAACACCUGAUUGAGAAUGAGGUGUCCAUCCUGCGCCGAGUGAAGCACCCAAACAUCAUCAUGCUUGUUGAGGAGAUGGAAACGGCCACUGAGCUCUUUCUGGUGAUGGAAUUGGUCAAAGGUGGGGACCUCUUUGAUGCAAUUACCUCAUCAACCAAGUACACCGAGCGCGAUGGCAGUGCCAUGGUGUACAACCUGGCCAACGCCCUCAGGUACCUCCAUGGCCUCAGCAUCGUGCACAGAGACAUCAAGCCGGAAAACCUCCUGGUGUGUGAGUACCCCGACGGCACCAAGUCUUUGAAGCUGGGAGACUUUGGGCUGGCCACCGUGGUGGAAGGCCCCUUGUACACGGUCUGCGGCACACCAACUUACGUGGCCCCAGAAAUCAUUGCCGAAACCGGCUAUGGCUUGAAGGUGGACAUCUGGGCAGCCGGCGUGAUCACGUACAUACUCCUCUGUGGAUUCCCGCCCUUCCGAAGUGAGAACAAUCUUCAGGAAGAUCUAUUCGACCAGAUCUUGGCUGGGAAGCUCGAGUUUCCAGCCCCCUACUGGGAUAACAUCACAGACGCGGCAAAGGAGUUAAUCAGCCAGAUGCUCCAGGUCAACGUUGAGGCUCGGUGUACCGCAGGAGAGAUCCUGAGCCACCCCUGGGUGUCAGACGAUGCCUCCCAGGAGAAUAAUAUGCAGGCCGAAGUAACAGGUAAACUAAAACAGCACUUUAAUAACGCGCUCCCCAAACACAACAGCACCACGACUGGGGUCUCCGUUAUCGUGAACACGGCUCUAGAUAAGGAGGGGCAGAUCUUCUGCAGCAAAUACUGUCAGGACAGUGGCCGACCCCUGAUGGAGCCCGCCUCUCCGGCUCCUCCCUCCGCCGAGCAGCCCCCUGUGUCCGGGGCGGCGGCCCCGCCCCCCGCCCCUCCGGAACCUCCCACGUGCCCCUGCCCUCCCGCCGCCGCAGCCUGUGAGCGGGCAGGGACCUGGCGCCGCCACCGUGACUGACCCUGGCGCACAGGCCCGAGCCUUGACUGCCGAGCCUCAGGCCGCCGGCACAGCCCAGGCUGCCUCGGUUCGCGCUCUGGGCUCUGCCCUGCAGCUCCCGGGGGGCCACAUGCAACCUCAGCUUUGGUGACAGAUAUUCAGAGCAGCUUGUUUUAAAUUAUCCUAGUUUCAGCUCAAUGGACAUUUUACAGCAUCAUCAGGAGAAUGUGCAACUUUUUUCCAGCAUUUAAUGCAUUUUUAUAGAAAUACUUUGGACGAGCCAAGACCUCUCCCUUACUUGAGGAAACUCCGUCUCCUUUUUUCUUACGAAGAACCUAGAGCUGCAUCUGCCCCUUGGUGGGUGUCCUGUGGGAGGUGACGUGGCACCUUCCUCUGCUGAUGGGGCUGGUGGACAACAGAAGAAACGAGCACCGAAGAGACAAUCGGCCGUCGGACACCAACCCCGCCCGGACGUCCCCGGGGCUCUCAGGCGCCGCCCUGGACUCGGCGGGGCUCACCUCAGACGGCACCGGGUAUUUAUUUGUACACGGACCGCGGGGAAGGUCACUUUCUUCCCAGACAGGGUGUGUUUCUCUCAACUCUUCCCACACUUGAAUUUCAAAUUUUAAUGAAGUCCUUUGGGCUUUUCCCUGGAAGGCCGGGCGCACGCGGCAUCGGCGGCGGCGGCGGCGGGCCAGCUCCGGGGGAGCGGGGUGAACCGGGCGUCCCGCGCGGCCCGGCCGGCUUUCCUCGCCCGCUGCUCGUCGGGGCGGCAGGCGCAGCAGCCCAGGAGACGCCCAGCACAGGCAGGACUGGGCCAGGGUGCUCCGCGCGACCCCCUCUGGUGUUAACCUUCUGGAAGGCUGCUGGCAGUUUUUCCUGUUUUCCACCACUCUGCUCUUUUUAAUAAUUGUACAUAAUAGUGUAUUUGUUUUACCUGCUCACCUUCUAAACUGGUGGGUCCUGUAGUUCCUUUGCAUUGUUAGAUUUUUGCCCCCUACGAGUGUACCCAA